CCUUUUGCGAGAGGGCUUGCGACGGAAGGAUCACUUAAGAGGUAUAGAAUGCGCCGCACAUCCACACGCUGGAACCGGAGCUGAGCGAUCCCGCAGAGAGAAACAGAACGAGGCAGAUCCCAAUCGAGAAAUUAUACGGCUGGCAGAGGCUUUGUUUCGCCAGGCAGACAAAAGUGCUCCAGAUCAUGAAUUUGUCACUUCCGUGGAACGAGAAAUCCCUGUGACCAAUCAGGCUCCAACAUCUUGAACCAUCUUUGCUGCUAACUUCUUUUAUCCCUAUGCGGAAUACGAGAAGUUAGUUCAGAAUGUUGCAGACUGAAAUUGGAUUUGCAUCCAGAAACCUCUGGGUUCCCAGAAUUUUGGACUCUUUUCCUCAGAAGCCUACAAUGGCAGUGGAUGUAGCCAUGCAGUUCUACUUGAGGACACCCUCUUUGCGAAGGGAGAGUUUUGGCUGCAAAAUUGCUCCAAAGCCCAAGAAGCCUUUGAGACCCUGCAUCCAUUUGAACAGUGCUGCUGAAUUAAACAAACUGGGAGCGGUGGAAUCUUUGCAACAGGACAGAGUGAAAAAGAGGGUCUCCUUUGCAGACAGCAGGGGCCUAGCUCUGACAAUGGUUAAAGUAUUUUCGGAAUUUGACGAUCCCCUAGAGAUCCCGUUCAAUAUCACAGAGCUCAUAGACAGCAUUGUAGGUCUGACAACCAUCGAAAGAGAUGACUUUGUCAUGGAUUUUGUACAGCCUUCUGCUGAUUAUUUGGACUUUCGGAAUCGUCUCCAGGCCGAAUACGUGUGUCUAGAGAACUGCAUGUUGAAAGAUAAAGCCAUCGUGGGUACAGUCAAAGUCAGGAAUCUGGCAUUCGAGAAGGCUGUGAAAAUCCGGAUGACAUUUGAUACGUGGAAAACUUUCACGGACUACCCCUGCCAGUAUGUUAAGGACACGUAUGCCGGUUCAGAUAAGGACACCUUCUCCUUCGAUGUCAGCUUGCCACAGAGAGUUCAACCCCACGAAAGAAUAGAAUUUGCCGUGUGUUAUGAGUGUGAUGGGAAGGUGUAUUGGGACAGCAACAAAGGUCUAAAUUACAGGAUUGUACGCGCUGAACUGAAAUCUGUGCGGGGGAUGUCUCAUCCUCAAGGCGACCCUAGUUUUGGAAUUGCCUUCGACCAAUUUGGAAGCCCAAGGUGUUCCUAUGGCCUGUUUCCUGAAUGGCCUAGCUAUUCAGGGUACGAAAAACUAGGACCUUAUUACUGAAUCAAAGACUUGGGAGAUACAGGUGCAUUUUAAUGUUUGGGAGUUAAAUGUCACUGUUGCCAAAGGGAAGUGCCUGAUCAUGGUUACAGAAAGUGGAACAAAAAGACUCCUGCAACUCCUCUAACUGCAGAAGGUUUCUAAACAGGGAGGAUCGCUGGAUCAUCCUGGUUGUGAACUGAAAUAACUAAGAGAAAGUGAGAAGGCCUUAUUCUCUUAGACUGAUGCUGACAAUCUCUUCUGAUUCAACGUUUACCACUUCGGUUCAGUUUUAUUUUGCCUGGAGGUACAUUACAGUAUUGUGGGCUGUGCAGGGAAAGUGUUCUCUGUCUGAGCUUGUUAUAUUCCGGAGUCCGACUUGACCACACAUCUUUUAAAAAUGUUAUUCUGUGUUUGGCAGAUGUAACGAUGAGAGAGACUCACCAGCCUGUGAGUGGGCAUUGCAUAGGACUGCCAGUUCGCCCCUCAUCUGGCAACCCAUAUGUGAAGCUUCAAGGCUUUUAUAUGGAAGUGACUGUAAUUUUAGCUAGACUUCUAACUCUUUUUCCUUCCAUUUUAGGAAAUGCCUUCAUUGUGGGAAGAUACCAGGGUGAUUACUCACAAUUCAGGCUGUGCCUUUCUUUUUCUAAGAUUACAAUAUGUAUAAAUUCUUUGCUGUUGCUGAGGUGAGAGAGUCGUUUUGCAGCUCAGCUGUGUAAUCUUGUAGCUUCAUUGUUAAGGGUUAGUUGGCAUUAGUGAAGGUCUUAUUAUAUUAUUAAUAUGCCUUGACAGCAGUGUUGGAUUGGGAAGCAAGGGUAUGAAGAAUAAACAUGUACAUAAAAAAAAACCUAACUCUUGCAUAUGCUUACACACAAAGUCUUUGAGCUGAUGGGUCAUCUGGCUAGAAAUAAUGUUAUUUUCCCCCCCAUGAAUUUCAUAAGAUGGGCAAUAAGUAAGAUCUCCAUGACAAAACAAAGAUGGUUCAAAUCAUAGAAUGAGUAUUUAUUCAGCCCAAUUUGAUAUUAUUUAUCUCACUUGGAGGCCUGAAUCCAACUGAAUCAUUUUGUAGACUGCCGAGUCAAUGCUUUAUGUAAAUCUAUGAUUCAGGAGGUCUACCAUAGUUAGGACUACCACUAGAAUUUGAAAAUGUUAUAUUUUGGAUUGCAACUCCCACAAUCCCCCUGUCAAUAUGUUCUGGGAGUUCUAUGGGAAAAUAACUUCUGAGUUUUGUCCAAGUGUUUUACACUUACUGCCUUACUCUGCUGUCAAAUGAAUUGUGUUGUUUCAGUUUGCAUACCGUGAACAUGAAUUCACAUUCAUGUAUCAUGGUACAGCAUCUAAGCCACCAAAGAGCUGCAUUUUGGAAAUAUAUAUACCAAUACUUAUAGGGGUUUCUUAAAACCCUUUAAGUUUAGAGAUCAACAAUAGACUCCCUCCACUAAAACAGGCUUUUUUGAGAGCUGCUGUUCCCCAUCCAUAAAAGUUGCGGUUUUCAGCUGACUGUUCUGGGGAGAAGAAAUCAGAGUUGUUCCUGCUCUAAUAAAGGAAGCUGUUCAUUUCCCAGUGAUGCAAAUCAUCAUAAAAACAAACCACGAGCUGCUGUUUGCAUGACAUGUUACAACAUUUAUAGCCAUUUAUUCAUUAAGGGUGUUCCUCGCCACUGGCUAUGCUGUCAAACGCUGUUGGGAAUUGGAGUCCAGUAAUGUCAGGAGAGCUGCACCCACCCAUGCCUUAAAUGGAGAGAUGCAAACAGGGCUGAAUCCAGUGUUGGUCCUACCUGGAGUAGGACUAUUUAAAUGAGCAGUACACCUAACUGAAGUCCUGUUAAGUUUGAUGGGCCUGCCCAGGCAGUACGAAUGUCAGUAAAGCCUGAAGUUAAUAGAACCUGCGGGAAAUAAGGUAUAAGCGUUGUCCAAGGAACACAGCAGGACUUAACAUCAGAAUAAGUCCUUAGAGAUUGCAUUCAAACAGCAAGAAAAUAAAUCUUUGAAAACAAAAGCUUUGGCUUGCAGCCGGGCAGCUUGUGCUUUAAUCUUUCUGUUUAUACAUGAAAGCAUUUCUACCAAAUGUGUAGAAAAUCCUCACAUUGAGGGGUCAAUUAUGUCAUUAUGAGAUUGCUGACAUGAGCAGCUCAGAAGCAGACUUGGGGGAGUUCAUAACAGGUAGCUCAAUAUUUUUGACACAAAAUGCUUUAAAUUUGUUUGGUGAAGUUGAAAUGUGUUUAGUUACUGACUCAGUUGCUUGAUUCAAGAGUUCACAAGCUGUCUUUACAAGCAAGUCGGGCAUAAGAGUCAACCUUAAUCUUUCAUAUGCCAAGAUCUUUAACGAUGGAGAGGCGAGGAUCAUGUAUGGAGUCUCUAUGGACAGGAUCCUCACCGCCAGAAACAAUACUCAUAUCUGUGGACCAUGAAUGGAAAGUGGACCCAGGACUGAAACACAUAGGGUUGCAAUCUUACUUGGACAGACUACAGGAAAACUGGUGGACAGUUCAGUUCAGAAACCAGGACCCAACAUUUGUACCAAGUCUUGUCUUCCUGUGGACCUGUGAACCACACUCAAGCUGCUUCUCUAGCUGUCUAUGGAGCUGAUUCAAGUGCCUUAAAGACUGUUACGCUACAGUGAAAUUAUUCUAAACUGUGCCUUGGGGAUGGGGGUGUGGGUAGGGAUAAUGAUAGACUUUUAUAGAAGGGGUGUGUGAGGAAGAAAACUGUCAGGAGAUGGAGAUAAUACUGUGAAAAACAAAACCCACUCUGGUUAUCCUCAAUGCACUUUCAUUUCGGUCUUUUUUUACUGGUUGUUUAAGCUAGCUUCUUGGAUUUUUCUGGACUCUCUCACCAAUAUGAAUGUAACUAAGGAAAGUUGUUCUCUUCCAGUCAAUGCUUUCGAGUGCCUUGCAUGUUUUUAAAUAUUUUGUACACAACUGAAAAAAAUGCACUUUAAAAUCACAGUGGAUUUAUUUACUGUAGUCUGUUUUGAAAUCUCACAGUGUUUCUGUUGUUUUUAUCUGACAUUAAAUAAUACAAUAUUACAA